UGUACAUGAAAGCAUGUGACCAUUCAUGGACUUUGCACAAGCUGUCAUCAAAGUGGGUUGAAGAAUAUUUGCGGUCAUGUUAGUGGUUUGUCUACUGUGAUUGGUUGAGCCAAAGAAUGUUUCAGGAAGCAGCUGCAUUGUCAUAAAGGGAGGCGGAGGCACCUUGGGGAUUCUUCGAUAGUAGUUUACUUUCUUUUUCAAUUUUGUCCUUCAGCUGUUCACUCCUUGGGAAUACCACCAUGGACAUGUUAGCAGUUUACUCCCUUUGGCUGUUUUAUUUUGGGGCAAGAGGAAGUCAGUCUCUGCUCUGUUUAAACUAAACCUGACUGGAGUCUUUUUUUCUUUUUCUCUCUUUUUCAACCCCUGAGGAAGAAGGCUCACAACACCGGGUUGUGUGUUUGCGAAAGAAGAUAAAUCACACUCAAGAGAAAAUGGAAGACGGGAUUCCAUUCUUCUAUCCUUUUUCAGACUUUGGGUUGAACAUAACAGGGCUUUUAUUCUUCCUCUUAGACUUGGUACUUGACAUUUGGGCAGUUGUGACUUUUUAUCAGGAGGAGGCAUACGUCAAUAUGGGAGUGCUAAUCUUCCUCUUAGUGGGAUCGUCCGUGUUGCUGCAGGCAUUCAGCUGGCUUUGGUAUAACUAUGGCUCUAAAGAAGAGAAGGAAGGGCUUGGCAAAUAUGUGUACUUGGAAAAGUACUUGUAUAAUAGAAGACUACUUGGUGUACUCCAUGUGUGCCAACUGGGAGUCUUCCUCAGGUUUGCAAGCAUGAUGGAGAUCUCUCUGCGUAACAUGGCAUCGAGAGAUGGACAGAAGGAGGGCAUCGCGGUCUUCCUGACCCAUGAUCUCAGCCUGCUGCGCCUCAUCGAGACGUUCUCCGAGAGCGCUCCACAACUGACACUAAUGUUGGCCAUCAUCGCGCACAGAGAGGAUGUGGAAUGGGUCACAGGUCUGAAGACUUUGGGUUCCUUCGCCGCUAUUGCCUUCAGUGUGGUCAUGUACCACCGUGCCAUGCGCUCCUUCAGCGAGGACAAGGCCCAGAUGACCUGGAUGCCAUCUCUAGUGUACUUCCUGUGGAACUUCCUCCUGAUCGCUCCGCGUCUGGCAGCAGUGGCCCUCGCUGCCUCCACUCUGCCCGUCGGGAUGAUUGCAGUCCACUUCCUCCUCCUGUGGAUCACAUUUGUCCUAUGGGCCUGGCGGCAGAAAACAGACUUCAUGGACACUCCAACAGGGGAAAGGCUCUAUCGGGGCACUGUCGCUCUCAUUUGGUACUUCUGCUGGUUCAACGUGUCCCAUUACGACUCCAGGGGAAGGAGUAUCAUCUAUCAUUUCAUCAUAGCAGUGGACAGUGCCAUCCUGCUGGGGCUGUGGUGGUGGGACUGUUUUCAGGCUUCAGUGUUUGGCAUGCCAGGAUGGGCUGUGUUCAUUUGUGCAGGUUCAUCCUAUAUAGUAGGAAUCAUAGUAAAGAUUCUAUACUACAAAUUAUGCCAUCCAAAGAAGUCAGCAACUAUAGACAAGUCAGACACGGAAGAGUCGGAAGAUAUUCUGCCGCCACAGGCAGCGUGCUUAGGGGGAGAAAUAGACGAGGUGGAUUUUUGCCCAUCUAAGGCAACAGGUAUGGAUGAGGUGGAUGUUGGCCCAUUGAAGGCACCAUCGCCUCCACCUCCACCGAAGCCUUUGACUGGUGCUCAGAAGAGAAUGCGGAAGUUGGCUGAUAAUUUUUACUCAUAGCACUGAACGAUGUGUUGUUCUUUUUAAAGCAGUAAAGAACAAAUUGAGAAAUUCUAAUUUAACAUUGUUUACAAAAUCAUAAUGUCAUUUUUUUUCAAGUUGUUUACUUCCACUACAGUGAGUACCAAAAGAAUACGGGUGCUAGUAAUAGUCACAAAUACCUGCAUUACCUUGUACAUAUUGUUAGAUUUAUGAAUUAAAACUUCUAAUAUAUUUUAAUUUUUAGAUUCUGUGAACGUGUUUGGUUUGGGGUAGA